AUGCAGAACGAGGUGGGUGAUAUGGUGGACCUCUAUGUCCCAAGGAAGUGCUCUGCCACCAACAGGAUCAUAACUGCCAAGGACCAUGCCUCUGUCCAGAUCAACAUCGGGCAUGUGGAUGCGAAUGGACUGUAUAAUGGCAGUUUCACCACGUUUGCCCUCUCUGGAUUCGUCCGCGCCCAGGUUAUUCUCUAUUCUGCACACAUUGAGUCCUUGAGUUUCAGCAGUAAUUUUUCUUCUAAGCAAAACAUUCCAUGA